UCAUGGAGAAAGAUAAUGAGUACGUGGCAAAUGGAAGCCCAUCACUGUUCGCACCUCUUCUCUGUCGUUCCUCGACCUCGACCUCGACUUCAGCCCUGUUCAUGGCGAUUCCUUCUGUCCCCACCCCCUUCACCUCCCCACUUCUACAACCCUAAAUCAUUAUUUCUCACUCGUAUCUACUUCUCCACUAAGUACCCUCGUUGGGAUUCCAAUGCUGAAGCCGUCCGAGACCGGAAAUUCAACUUCAAUUUCCGAGGCAAAGGUGCGGACGAGGACGAGGACGACGACGAAGAAGAAUAUGAGAAGAAGAGACGGUGGUGGUGGUCCGAUGAGCCCCCGGAAUUUGAGGAAGAGACAAGCUGGACCUGGGAAGAUGCCAUUGACAGCGUAUGGAUUUUCAAGGUUUUCAAAUCCUAUGGUUGGACAUUUCCAAUCAUCAUCCUUUCUUGGUUGGUGGCUACUGGCCCAAAAGCUUUCCUCAUGGCAUUGGCACUCCCCCUUGGUCAGUCAGCACUUGCACUGGCAUUUGAGAAAUUGUGGGGAAGGGACAAAAGCAAACCAAAACGCAAGUCCCGGAUGAGGAGGAAGCCAACCGCCAGGACUGUAAGGGGCACCAAAGUACAGGAAGAACCAGAGCCAGAGGAAACCCAGAGAAGAAGAAAGGGAAAGACAAGCUACCAAUCAUGGGUGGAUAAUGGUUCGGUUGGUAAGGAUGAGCAGAGUGCACCUAGUUUUGGUGGAUGGGAUGAUUUGGAUAGAACUGGCCCGACAACGAGGUCAUCUCGAGGGGGAAACGGAUCUGAAAGGUUGACUGAGGAGAAGGGCAAGUUGAGCAGGGCAGUGAGGAAAAGUGACAGGCCUCUGCUAGUGAGAUUGCUGAUUGCUCUUUUUCCUUUUCUGGGCUCAUGGACUAAAAUGCUGUAGUAGUCACCCCUCACCAUCAUCUGUGUGGGCGUGAAAUUAUUUUAAUUGGAUCUUGCUUGGAUGAAGAGAAUUCAAGUAACUAUUUUCCACUUUAAUACGUGUCAAGUUCUGGUUGAAUCAGAUAACUAUACUAUAUUUUCAUUCUUGAAGUGUCAUAAUUUUUAGCAGAAGGUUCCUCUGUUGAGUGAGUACAUGGGGAAACCAGACACAUUUUGUCGAGGUAUAAAUUCUUGAUGAUAAUAACACUAUAACAGGUCAAAUUUCUAUCUGCU